UCUCUAUAUUUCGAUCAUUACUGAUCCGCUACAGUGUAUUACAAACACUUCGAAGUUUGUUGAUGUGGAAAAAUGAAUUGUAUGAGACAGAUAAGAUUUUUGAGAAUCCACAUUAAUGGUGUAAGACAAAUUGAAAAAAGCUGUAGAAUAAUCGGAUAUGAAAAUUAUGCCUGUUAUUCGACUAUGAAGUAUUUUGAGACUAAAGCAAUGAAAACUGGAAAGUCAAAAUUCUCUAUGGAAAACAUUCCGAGAGCAUCAUCGUCGUCAAUAGUCAAUCCCUUUUCAGCAUCAGAGAAUGAGGAAUUUAUGAAAUAUUUUCCUGAAAUAGUAGAAGUUUUAACCAAAGUACCGCCUUGUGAAAAUCAAGAGCUGGUUAAACAACUCACAACAACUGCGACAUACAAUUUGGAUCUUGGUACAAAAGCAAGAGGUAUAGCCACAGUAGUUGCUUAUAAAGCGUUGAAAAAACAUGAUCUUACCCCUGAAAAUAUCAAGUUGGCUGUGAUAUUGGGGUGGUGUGUAAGAAUGGUAGAAUCAUUCGUGCUCAUGUUUGAUGAUAUAGUUGAUAAUUCAUGGACACGGGGAGGAAAACUCUGCUGGUUCAGAAAAAAUAAUGUCGGAAUGAGAGCAAUCAUAGAUGGUGUUUACUUGGAAAAUGGUGUUUACUACAUUCUGAAGAAAUAUUUUUCCACGCACCCACAAUACGUGAAUCUUCUAGAGCACUUUCUGGAAUCUAAUUUCACAACAUUUAUCGGGCAAUCUCUGGAUAUGAUGCCCAGAAAUCUAGAUGAUUUCACACUUGGUAACUAUAUCACCUUGACUAUUGGUAAGACUGUACAUUUGGCGAUGUAUACCUCAGUUGCAGCAGCGAUGUUUCUAGCGAACAUUUCAGAUAAGGAAAUUCACCACCAAGUCAAGUCACUUUUGUCAUCUAUGGGAACCUACUGUCAAAUACAGAACGACUUCUUGGACAUUUACGGAAAUCCGGAAGAAACUGGCAAAAUUGGUACCGAUAUUAGAGAAGGCAAAUUUUCUUGGCUAGCAAUCAGAACUCUUGAAAAAGCUAGCGAUCGCCAAAAAAUUUUAAUGAAAGAAAACUACGGAAAGGAUAAUGACAAUUCAUAUCAAAUCAUCCGUAAUCUAUACGAUGAGAUGAAUUUGAAAGAAGAGUACAAAAGAUAUAAGGAACAAACAUACAUCGAUAUUCAACAUAGAAUUUCACUUCUACCUGUCUGUUUGCCGCAUGAUUUAUUUUACCGAUUUCUUGAUUUGGUGUAUAAUGAUAAAUGGUCAUUCUGAGCCCCAAUUGAUAUUGCAAAACGUACUCCAUCGAAAGAUAUCGAUACCUAUUCUCUCACAUAUGUAAAUAAUAAUAGUAUUGAUAAUAAUAAUAAUGACGGUAUUGACGAGACACCGGUGUUGCCCUCCGCUCCGGGGA